UUUGGAUAUUUUCUAUGUUUUUGGUUUAGUAAACACAAGUCAUCAUGUAAUUUCGUCAUUAGAAGCAACCAUAAAGUGAUGGUAGUAGUAGUAGUAGUAGUAGUAGUGUUGUUGUUACUAAAAGAUAAUUAGGUAACAUUGUUAAUGAGUUGCAGUGCACUCUUUACAAUUAUUCCCGUUUAGAAUACUAGCAGUCAUUUUUUUAGAUUUUGGAAUGCCUCUAAUUUAGGGUUGUAGAAUGUGAUCCAAGUUAGUUGUUGUGUCUGCCUGGCAUUUCCCUGAUGGGGCGUGGUGGCUGCGAGACAGGCUUCCGUCGCACAGAAAUACUAAGAGAGAACUACUGUACUGAACAUAGCUAAAUAGUGCAUUUACACUGCACGCUUUAAAAAAUGGGUUUAGAAAAGAAGAAAUCCGAAACUAGAAUUAUAAUCGAUGACGACGAGUUCAAUAAAUCAAUCGAACCGAUUCUUCCUAAAAAGAAAAUCAGAGCUGAUCCCAACAGAGACCCUCACGAUAUAAACUCUCACCUGAAGGUAAAUUUUGAAGAUGUUAUUGCAGAACCGGACACAACUCACAGCUUUGAUAAAGUGUGGAUUUGCAGUAAUGCAGUGUUUGAACUCGUAAAAUUUCUGCUGUACAGACUUCUCACAACGAUCCUUGCAAUUCCUCUUUCAUUUGUGGCUGGAAUUCUUUUUGCAGUACUGAGCUCUAUACAUAUUUGGAUUGUGGUGCCCUGUAUCAAGAGUUGUAUGAUGGCUCUUCCUUCAGUUCAAGCAAUCUGGAGGAGCCUUGUGGACGUGUUUAUUUCACCCUUGGUCAAGAGUAUGGGGAGGUGUUUUUCUUCUGUCGGCUUCCAUGUCAUGAAAGAUUAAACUGCCAGUUGAUUUUUUUUAUUAUUAUUGUUAGUGACCAAAUGAUUAUUCUUCAUUCCAUUGUUGUAAAGUAAAUACUUUAUUACAGGUAUGGACAUUCUGCAGAUUAGUAGCUUUUGGUACCAGAGUAUAUUAUAUGUGCAAUAAAUGCUGAGCAACCUUUUCCCAUAAUGAAUUUUAUAUAUUGAAGAUUGUUAUUUUAUAUUAAAUAUAAAAUAUUAGUAUUUUAUUCCUACAUUUUAUUGACUGUACAUAAUAAAUACUGGCCAAGUUGGACACUGGUUUAUUAUUAUUAUUAUUAUUAUUAUUAUUAUUAUUAUUAUUAAUAAUAAUAAUAAUAAUAAUAAUAAUAAUAAUAAUAAUAAUAAUAAUAAUAAUAAUAAAUAUGAGUGGCUUCAUAUUUAACCUUUAAUAGUGUACAUUUAGAAGGCUAUUUUCUUAUUAGUUGACCUGGCAAUUUUAGGUGGACAGUUUCUUGUGUCCUCCUUAUAGUAGUGGUUAUUUGUUCUGUUUAUAUAGUAUAUAAUCCUGCUCUGUUAAAUAAUGAUUUCAUAGUCUUAGUCUUUAGUAUUUGCAUUUUUUGUACUGUUUGUAUACUAUGCCCUGUAUUUCACUGUAUUUAAUGUAUUAUGCAUUGUUCCUCACUAUCUUGUAAAGCGCUUUGUGAUGGUGGUCCAUGGAAAGCGCUAUAUAAAAUUGAUUGAUUGAUUGAUCUACCAAAGCAUGCAGCACAUAUGAGGAGGCUGUGUGGUCCAGUGGUUAAAGAAAAGGGCUUGUAACCAGGAGGUCCCCGGUUCAAAUCCCACCUCAGCCACUGACUCAUUGUGUGACCCUGAGCAAGUCACUUAACCUCCUUGUGCUCCAUCUUUCGGGUGAGAUGUAAUUGUAAGUGACUCUGAUGCAUAAUUCACACAUCCUAGUCUCUGUAAGUCGCCUUGGAUAAAGGCGUCUGCUAAAUAAACAAAUAAUAAGGAAUGGCACAAACCAUCUGAUUUCAACCUAAAACUAUACACGUUUUGUAGAUUCAAUAUAAUAUGUCCAAAAAUGCAUUUUGUUGUUCCUCAAAGAAAACCAUGUAUCAGUUCAUUCCUGGUGACAUUUUAUACACUGAUGGUUCAUGCAAUUCAGUUUCAUAUUUGUUCACUACGUUAUUUGGUCUGCAAGUGUCGUGCUUCAUAACUACUGUAUUUGUUUCAUUGUUUUUUUUUACGAGGUAAGGUACAUGAUAGAAAAUACACUGUUUAUUACAGCAUCAUUUGUAAGCACUUGUAUCACCCAUGAGGCAAAUAAUUAUUUUAUAAUUUAAUUUUAUUAAAAUAAGUUAUUAUUCAAUAUGGCUUUUGAAAUCCAUUAAUGAAAUGCAUUUCUAUGCAGCACAAUGUAUGCCUAUAAAUGAUUUACCAGCAGGAUGUAUAUAAUUCAGCACAAUAUGUAUCUUCAAUAAAGAAAAUGUUGUUCACUCGAUUUUGACGAAUCACAAAUGAAAUGUAUUUUAUAAACACAAUAAACUAUUCAUUUUAUAAUGA